UCCAACGUGUACUGUCCGCAGAGAACGUGUUUAACAACCACUCAGACCCAUUCAGCGUUUCGUAGCCAAAAUAAAAACGAAUAGAAUGUCACUGUUAUACUGAACAUUCCCGUGUUUUUCACCGCUCAUGCGAGCAGUAGAAGCGGUUUCGUGUUCCGUCUCCCCUCAGUGACCGCAGCUGGAGGUUGCGCUCAAAAUGGCUGGAGGAAAACAGUUAUGAAGAUCAGCCGUUUUGCAAGAUAUCUCCUCUGAUUAUGACCUCCGGAGUGGAGUGAAGACGAACCCUCCGGUCUCCCGGGGACUCGGGCAGCGGUUGAGACCAGAGCUUCAUGCCCGAUGAAGAGCCUCCAGUUCCGCAACAUCGCCCCCAAGGCCCCGGCGGCGGUGGUCUCCUGCCCCCCCCAGGCGCUGCGGCCGUGCCCCCCUCCCUCGGCCGUCCCCGACGCGGCCACCAGCCCCAAGUCCAUCAUGGUGCCCGGCCAGAACUACGCCCUCAUGCAGAUCGCCGGUCAGGACGGGACCUUCUCCCUGGUGGCCCUGCCCCCCUCCGUCUCCCCCCAGACCCCCCAUCCCCAGCAGCAGCAGACCCCGCCCGUCCAGAACAACCCCAAGUUACCCAUCCCUCGGUACCCGCCCAUGAGGAGCAAGGGCGCCUCGGAGAAGACCAAGCCGCCGCCGCCGCCGCCACCGCCGCCGCCCUCCCCCACGGCGAAGACCCUGCCCAAGGUCGCCAUGGCGACGCGGGCGCGGUCGACGGACGCCCCGCCUCCCGUCGUCAAGAGGAAGCUCCUGGAGUCCAAGGACUUCAGAGAGCCGCCGCCGCCGCCGCCGCCGCCGCACAAGGAGCUCUCGGAGCAGGUCAUCCUGAUCGACCCCACCGCCUCCGAGAUCUCCGUCAGCCCCCUCCUCCCGGAGAACGCCGUCCUGUUCCCCGGACCGCCGCUGGAGCACGCGGCGGACGUCCCGCCUCAACGCCCCCCACCCCCCGCCGCCGCCGCCGUCGCAGACGUUGUUCACGGCCUCCUCUACCCCCCCGCUCCCCCCGCCAUCGUCUCCCAAACCAAAGCGCCGGAGGAGGUUAAAAAGGAGCCCAGACCCUGCCAGCCCCGGCCGCCGGCCGCCGCCAGCAUCGCGGUCCUCUCGCCCGCCAUCUUCAGCAAGGCGGUCCAGAUCAUCCCCUCGCCGCCCAAAGGCAAGCUGCCCAUCGCGCCGUACUCCAAGAUGAAGAGCGCCCUGGUCCCGGCGGCCAAGCUCAGCGCCGCGUCCCCGGAGACCAAGGCUCUCUGCGGACAGCUGGGUCUCUCCAGCACCUCUGAGACCGCAGCCCAGACCUCCUUCAAGACCGAACCCCUGGUGGUCAGCCCGCUGCCCACGCCUCUGAUCGGCGCCCAGCCCCGGACUCCCUUCCUGCCCAUCCUGGGCGCCCCGCACAAAGCCCCCGGCAAGAAGAGGGGCCGCAAGAGGAAGACCACGGAGGACGUGCUGACCUUCGAGGCGCGGCGGAAGAGGUCCCUGUCGUUCUUCCGCCGGAGGGUCCCGGAGAAGCCCCCGGCCGGCGCCGCGGCCUCGCCGCCGAGCGAGGUGGACAUCACCAAGAAGUACCGCAGCAUCCGGCCCAAGCCCAUGCUCGUCAUGGAGACGGUGCCCCAGCUGCUCAGCCUGCCGCCGCCGGCCGUUACCUCAGAUUGCCUGGAGCAGGAUCUCCUACGAGGCAACCCCCUCCCCGGCCACACGCCCAGCACCCCCAACGGCCGGCCGCCGCCGCCGCCGCCGCCGCCGCCGGCCCCCCUGGCCCUCCAGCUGAAGGGCGGAGCCCCCCACCAGAGGAUGUUCAUGGGCGGGCGACCGCUGCACCGCUGCCCGACCUGCAGCCGCUGCUUCCAGUUCAAGCACCACCUGCAGAGCCACAUGAACAGCCACACCAACAGCCGGCCCUACGUCUGCCCCUUCUGCCGCAAGGCCUACGCCCACUCGGGCAGCCUGAGCACGCACACCAAGCUGCACCACUCGGACUGCUGGCCGCUCAAGACGCUGCGCUGCGAGUUCUGCGACAAGGCCUUCGGCUACGUGGGCGUGUACUUCAGCCACCUGCGGGAGGUGCACAAGGUGGUGCUGACGGUGGAGCCCUCCAUCAGCCACCACGAGGACGACGUAGCCGUGGCGGGGGCCGCCUCCCUGGACCAAUCGGAGGAGCCCGUGGACCCGGUGGAGCUGCAGAUCAAGUGCGGCCGCUGCCAGGCCACCACGCCCACCUUCGCCGCCAUGAAGCUGCACCUGCUGCAGGUGCACCGCGAGGAGACGCCGCCGCGGGCCCGCGACAGCCGCGGCGGGCGCGAGGCGGAGAACGAGCUGUUGGCUCUCACCCUGCGGUGA